UGACAUUUUCAAACUGGAAUAAAAUCAUUUGUAAAAUUGUAAAAUCGAUGCAAAACAACAAGAGAAAUUACGUAUCUCCAAAGAUCAAUCAACUAUCAGCAAUAGCAAAAGUUAAAAUUCCCAUAGACCACAGCAUAAACUGGGAGGAAAUGCUGAAGAAGCAACUCAAAGAAAACCUGCAAGACCAGUUGCCCCCGUUCAGCGAAAAGUAUGAACCAAAAUCUAACGAAACAUCCGUAACAAACGUUCCAAUAUCCGAACUGCAAUACGAGAUCGCAUCGAUUAAUGAAUCACUCCAAACAGCGAUGAGGGAGAACGCGGGAACGGCACGUGCGAUAGCUGACAUACGAGACCAACUGGCCGUUCUGACCGAGAACGUACAAGCCAUCCUGCGCUAUCAAAAGGCCAUCAUGAACAUAUUGCAGGCCCCGUACGCAUCCGGAGUGUCUUCGCACCAAGGCGAUGUGUCAAACAGAGGCGAAACCGGGACAAAAUCAGCUGACUCCCUUCUGUUACCGUACUCGGACCGUUUCAGGAUGUACUCGUCGCUGGGGCGCAACAAACGUAUCUACGGUAGCCUUAGCGAAGUCCUUUCUUUCCAACAUUUUUUAUACACUAUAAUGUUGUUGUGGUACCUUAAGAUCGCGGUGGAUGAUCGGCGUUUUGCAGUGGUGCAGUCGUGAGACUGCUUCGCACGUAUCACAGAAUAUCUGGAGGACCUCGUGUUCGGUGAACGUGGCC